CCGAAACCACCAGUUAUCCAACAGUAAAUCUAGUCAUGGCCCUGAUCAAGAUCACCCUAAUCUGCUGCGCUCUGAUCGCUGCCAUCGAGUGCGGCCUGCUCCCUGCUGCCGUUCCACUGGGAGUUCCCCUGAACACCGAAGUGGAUCCACAUCCGCAGUACGCCUUUGCCUAUAAUGUCCAGGAUGCAAUCACCGGUGACAGCAAGAGCCAGCAGGAGGUGAGGGAUGGAGAUGUGGUCAAGGGAUCCUACUCCGUGGUGGAUGCCGAUGGAUCUCUGCGCACCGUCUUCUACACCGCCGAUCCCAUCAAUGGUUUCAAUGCGGUGGUGCAGCGGGGACCAGUUCCAGUGGCUGCUCGUCCUCUGGUGGCUCCAGUGGGUGCCCCUCUUUUGGGCUAGAUCCUCAAUCUUCUAGAGCCUUAAACACUUGGAACCUAGCUUUUAUAUAACUUAUUGUCUGCUCCUUAGUCCGUUGUAAACUCAUAAAUCAUUUAAUAAUAAAGUCAGUAAGCCAAAGAA